GCUCUCGGCCAGUACCGCUCUGUGUUCUCCCGCUUCCGUUCGGCACCUCCAACGCUCAGUACGGCACCAGGCUUCGACGGAAGUGGAACAAACCAAGCGGAAACAGACUCACGCGACAACAAAACUGAACUCGAAUAUGGAAAACUUUUCCCCUGAACCAAUAUAUAGCACUGAUAAACGCAACUCGGAGUGAACUUUAUGAAUGGACAUGACUAAUUGUAGUCAUCCAAUAGCAGCAUUCGUUGUGUAAACUCCAAAGGUGGAGGUUCCCUUGUUUUCCAAACGAAAGAUUUCAGCAUUUCGGUAUCUGUAUCUGUCGGUGUCUCAUUUGAGCGGCUCGAAUGAUCCGCCUGUAAUUAUGACUGCGUGAAGAAAUCAAUAAGAGGAGGAUGGCCAGCAAGCCCAUGAGCACCAGCUGCCAGAGCAUUGCGACGGCGGCCAGCAGUGCAGCCACCACGGCAGCAGCGGUGUCCAUCUCGGCGUCCAAUGCCACCUCCGUGGGCUCCCUCAUCGCCGCCGCCUGCCAGCAGCAGCAACAUCCUCACCAGCAAUAUACCCAGUCCCAGCAGCAACAUCUUUAUCAGACCCAUCAGCAAUCAUCGCACUAUGUCAAUGGGACCGGCAGUUUGGGAAGGCUCAAGUUCCACAAGAGUCUCGAUGCCAGCGACGAGGAGAUCGAGUAUGCGCAGCUUUCUCGUUCUACCCAUAUCCUGGGCCGUCAUAAGUCGGAGCGCUUACUGGCAUCCAAUCUGGACGAGGACCGAAGACGUCGUACCAUUAUCGUGGAGAAGAAGAACAACUCGUAUGGGUUCACUCUGCAGAGCUAUGGAAUCCAUUACAAACGGGAUGAAGAGCUGGAAAUGAUUACAUACGUGGACUAUGUGGAGUACGGUGGUCCGGCCUAUCGUGCUGGAAUGCGUGAGGGAGAUGUAAUCCUCUCCAUCAACGGCCAGGAUAUGGAGAAGGCGGACCACAAGACCAUCGUCGAGUUUAUUAAGCAAUGUGACACCAGAAUGCGGAUGGUGGUACUCUUCGAGGACUGUGUGAGGAAGGUGGAUCUCCACAUGCGCUAUAUCCAACUACAAAGCAUGUUGCAGCAAAAGAUGAACGAGCUUGAAAGGGUUCACCUAAGGGAGCGGGAGUUAUUGGAGGGCAAGUGGAAGACGCAUAGUUUGCCAGCCCGGAAAAAAGCGACAGCGAAUACUUCACCCAGCGACGGGGAGGGUGUUUCACCCACGGAAGUGGGUGGUGAAACGAGCUUCUAUCGUCCCGCAUUGUCCACCGAGGAUGUGCCAAACAUAGCGACCCGCCAUCAGGGAGUAGGUGGACCAGGAAUCAUACCACCUCCAGCUCAAUUUAUGCUCACCUAUCACUACUUGGAUCCCACUUACCGGUACGUUCUGCGACCCACCCACGGCAGCUCAGAGGAUUUUAUAGAUGGCCUGGGACUGCAGAGGAGCAGCAGUGACCACCAGCAACCGACACAGCGUUAUAUUCUCCAGCGAACUGAAUCCGUGGAUACAAAUACUAUGACUCAACCAACAACCACGGCACCUACCCAAUAUCACAGCACCACUGGGGGAUCCGUGAAGCCACCGGCACCUCCACCUCGCACCUGUGAAAAGCACAAGCCCCCCGCUAAACCACCAAAAACAGAGAAAGAGAAGUCCUCCGGGAAACAUUGUCAUGUGGGACACUCGUGUAAUCCUUGCUUAGGUCACUUUCGUUGGAAGUCGGCUGAGAAAUCAGCGGUUCCGGCGCCAGAUAAUGUAAGCUUGGAUGCCUAUGAUCUAGCCAGCCCCUGCUGCGAUACGCAUUGUGUACCAACAAGGAGACGCCAUCGCCAGCACAAGGAGCAUACGCAUAAGCACAAGCACCGGGAGAGAGAAAGGGUAGAAAGCAAGGAGCAGAGGGUCAGACCCAAGUCCACUUCCCAUGCCUCACCCAAUGCCAAUGCAGCUGGAGGAAAUGCAGGAUCUGGGCAUCACCAUCAUCAUCAUCAUCACCAUCACAGUCACGAUCAGCAGCAACAGCAGCAUCAUCAGCAACAACAACAGCAAAUCCAGCAACAGCCAAUGCAAGCUGUUCCCCACCAUCAUCACUAUCCCCACCAAAUGCAAAAUCCCUGCCAGGUGCAAUCGCAAAGUGGCAGCACCCGAUCACGGUACUUCGACUUGGCAUCCGGAUUGGCCAGCCAUUGUAGCUUACACUCCUGCACCUCUAGUGAGUUUGCUACAGGGGAUACCGCUUCUUACACCACUUCCAUCAGCACUGAUACACUGUUUUGGGACCCCAAAAGUGAGACGGGCCAAUCCCGACAGCACUCCACAAAGUCAAGGCAGUCCUAUGAGCAGCAACCACAACAGCAACAGCAACAGCAGCAGCAACAGCAGCAGCAACCACCACACCAGGCACACCACCACCAUCAUCGUCAUCAGGGGGACUACCAACGAUAUCAUGUGACCACCACCCAAGUGCAGCCCCAGCAAAUUUAUCCCAAUACUAUAGCUUACGUACAAAAACCCAAGUCCUGGGACAAUCUAGCCAACAAGACGGGAUAUAAUGUGGGUUACGGGUACCUUGACACAGUAGCCGUAAAGCCAGCCAUAAAAAUGCAGAUUGCCCAGCAGCGACACUCGAUGCCGCGAAGGAAUCCAUACGGGAGAUACUCCACUUACGGGGAUGUGGAGAACUAUGCACCACCGCCUACCGAAUUUGUGGGCGAGCUGACCACGACUACAACCACAACGAUUACGGCGAAGUCCACGGAAGAGCUGCUAGCAGCUUGCGAUUGCUUGACUCCCCAGCAACAGGCUGCUAUCAAGGCGGCGCAGUACCAGCUCAGUCAAAAUCAGAAGCUGACCCACCAGAACUCCUGUCAGAUGGGAUACUAUUCCCACCUGCCACGUCCCACCACCGAUGUUGGCACCUCCACCACCAGUCAACAGGUGCACGGGGCAGGAGAUGUCCAGACCACUUCUGAAGCAACUAGGUUGUAGGUAAACGCGUCUAGGCCACAAGGAAAUCCAACCAGGAACCGUCUCAAGAAUAUUAAGAGUGCACUAAGAGCUGGAGAAGUUUUAAACAUUUACCAAUUGGGUUUAAAUGAGUUUUUGAAUGAGUAUAGAUCGAAAUUAUUAAAAGCUAGUACAUAUUUUCAAAGGAAAAUAAGGAUGUAAGGUCGGCGGAAUAUGGAUAUCGAAUCGAUAUGAAUAUUAAAUCUAAUUAAAAAUUGUAACCUUUAAUAGUCUGUUGAUUUGACUAUCAAAUUAUACGAAAUUAUCAAAUUUUUUUAACCAAUGUGGUAAAAUUUAGUAACUUAAAAGAAAGAAAACUUAGUUAAUUAAAUAUUUUAGAAUUUUACUUUAGAAGUAAUUAAAGAUUUAGAUAAUUACAUAAUUUGUAUCCAUAUUACGUCAAAGGAUUAGGAGGAAUUAAAAGGAGGAAGUUAAGAUUUUAGUACAUAUUUUAAUCUAUACUCAUUUAAAUUAAUUUAAACUAUUGCUAACUUAGUUUAACCACUCAUUCGUGCAUUCACAGUCCGCUCCAUUCGCGUCUUCAUAACCGAACAUCGAACUCAUUUGGAAUGGUAACCAAAGCCAAAUUUUAAAUAUUUAACUCAAACAGACAAAAAUCAACACAUAGCUUAACUAAUCAAGUAGAUGUACAGUGAGUUUCAUAGAUGAAAGAUACAUAUUUAGCAUCCAAAAACCGCAGGACAAUACACAGAGAUAAGCCCUAGAGAAGAUACUUCUAAGAGUAGAUGAUUCAGAAAUUGGUACACCUUAAGAAUAUAUAGAAAAUUAACAUUGUAGCUAUCUUAUAUGUAUGAAACUCACUUUAUAUAUAUGAGAUAUAACUAGGACGCAUUGAGGUUUAGAUUUUUGGAUUUAUUGAAAGACUGAAAAGCCACGCGCAUAUUCCAAAUUAGAGAAAAAUCUGGCGUCUUGUAAUGAUAGUUAGAGGAUUCUAUAUAUAUCUGUGUAUGCCAUAUAAUAUGGUUAACCUAUCAUGCAACUAGAUACUGUUUUACAUGUAGCAUAUACACACAUAUAUAUUUAUUGUAUACUGUAUCCGAACAAUGUAAUUUAUUUCAUUGUGAUAGUGAAAGAGCAGGCACUAAAAACAGCAACAAUUUUAGUCGCAAUUUUAUCAUGCAACCAACCAAAUAUAAUUUAAAGCGCUUUUAUGUAAUGCGAAAUGUAAAUGUUAUUGUACUUUAUGUAUUGCAAUAAAACUCAAAAAAUGUGUUCAUGUAG